AUGAGAGGCAAGCAACACAGGCCAACCAUGAAAAAGAUUUACAUUGGCAAAACGGCCUUAAAAGUGUCGCGCAAUGGUGGCAAGCAUCCCAAGAAGAGUUCGUUGCUGGAGCAGAAGGAGGAUCUGCGGAAGCGUCUGUCCUACACCACUCACAAACUGGAGCUGCUGCAGAACGAGUUUGACUCCACAAAGGUUUACCUGGAGACGGAGCUGCGGAGAGCCCAGGAGGAGCUGGACAAGUUCACCGACAAACUGCGCAGAAUACAGAGCAGCUACUCAGCCCUGCAGAGGAUCAACCAGGACCUGGAGGAGAAGAUCCACAGAGAUACGCAGCACCAUGAUGACGAGAAGAGAGCCCUGAGCCGAGAGAUCAUUGUCCUCAACAACCGUCUGGUGGAGGCCAAGCUCACCAUCGAGAAGCUCCAGGAGGACAAUGACAUGUACCGUAAGGACUGCAGUCUAGCGGCUCAGCUCCUGCAGUGCCGGGCCCAGCUGGAUGAGCUCCCGGCGGACUUCCAGGAGCGCAUGACUCUUCACAUGGAGGAAGAGGAGGAGGAGCCCGCCCUGUACGCCGACCCGGUCCCCGCCUCCCACCUGAGCCCCGGCCUGGACAAGCCCGACGACGGGGGGAGCAGCAGCCAGGGCUCCCGCUCGCCCAGCCCCCCCGGCCCCCUGCCCCACCCGCAGGAGCACACCUUCAUCCUGGAGAGCCUGGGCGGUCCCGGCGGGCGGCUGGGGCUCCGAGCGGCCUACAAGUCGGACCUGUACAGCAGCGACACGGCGCUGUACUGCCCCGACGAUCGGCACAGGGAGAGGCGCCCCAGCAUGGACCUGCACGGGCACAGGGCCAUGGUGUACGGGCCCCAGAACUCCACGGACAGUCAAAGUAACCCGGAGGAGGGGUCUGUGGGCCUGACCCAGAGCUUCUCUCAGGAGCACUUCGCCAAGUUCCCCCCUCUGCUGGGCACCGGCUCCAGCUCCUACUCCAGCUUCAGCGCCGCCGGCUCCGAGGACAAACCCCACGGCCCGCCCAGCUCCAACGCCUCCUCCCCGCACCACCACACGCUCUACAUGGAGUGGAGGGACGCGGGCGGCUACGACGACCGCAAGAGCGAGUCGUCCUGGGAGGGCGACGCCGAAAGCCCCGGGGUCUUCGGCAACGCCCCGUCCUUCCAGCAGGGGGAGAUGUCGCACCACCAGAACAACGGCAGCUCGCCCGUGUACAGCCGCACCAUGUCGUCCUGCUUCAGCGAGCCGUACGAGCCGCUCCCGCCGUCCUCCUCGCCGAGCGUCGCCUACGGAGACAGUCGCCGCGGCAGCACGUUGGCGCCCGAGGAGGAGGAGCUGAUCUGCCGGUGGCGACAGCUCAGCGUGGAGGACCUGCACUCGUAUCGGAGUCCCGGCCGCGCGUCGCCGUACAGCUUCUCUGAGCAGCACUUCUCGGUCAGACCCGCCAAGAUCCGACUGGGUCCCAUGUACAGCAGCUUCCAGGAGGGCGCCGACUACUACCACCUCCACCACCAGGGCGGCGCCGUCAUGGACCAGGGGUGGGCGGGGGCGGGCGCGGCGGGGAGCCAGGAAUGCGGGAUGAGGCAAGCGCACAGCCAAGCCCACCUGUACCGGGCGGAGGGCAGCCAGGGGUCCGAGCAGAGCCUGUACCACUCCGGAAGCUCCAAGGACCGGGAGGGGGCGGGGCCGGGCGGGGCCUGGGCUGGGGGGCAGGGCCAGGAGUACGGCGAGGACCCGAGUCCCAACAGCUCCACCGAGUCGCUCCACCAGAGGUCGCUGGAGAUGGCGGCGGAGUUGCAGCACUACCAGGUGGAGAUGCACAGCCUGCCCCCACAGGUGAGCCAGGUGAGCCAGUCCCCGCCCCCGGCCCCGCCCCCUCCCUACGGUCACGCCCCCCUGACCAAGUUCGGGUCUCUGGGGUUGACCCGGAAGGACAGUCUGACCAAGGCCCAGCUCUACGGGACACUACUGAACUGA